GUUGCACAUGCGGAGUAUCACGAGAUCGGUUCGGGCGGAUUCGAUUUUGGCGCCUUUUCGAUUGUUUAAACGUGGAUUUUUAUUGGUGAUUAAGGCGAUUUUAUCUUAUCGUCGGGAAUAAAUUACUGGAAAACAAACAUUGAAUGACCCGGUUUCAUUGAAAGAAACUCUAGCUGUAAUGAAUGUGAGUCGGUGGUCUUAAUUUGAAUGAAGUGUUUUAUGGGUAUUUAUUUUUGGUGGAACAUUUGAAAUACAUUAUUUUUUAUGGCGAAAAUAGUUUAAGCGUUUCCGGUUAUAAAUAUCUGGACGACCGUUGCUUGAAACGUCUGAAAAUGUCGCCAAUCGGUGCUUUUAAUAGAAACAUUUUUUGUUACGAUUUAACGACUUUUGUGGAGAUGACGUCAUCAAGUUUUGGAGGGAGAAAUUAAUAUUUUAAUAUAGUGUUUAGAAGGAAAAUCUCGUAAAUACCAUGUUGCACAACAGCCUAAGGUGUUCGUAAUCCCAGCUGAACCUUCCGACCUCGGCCAGACCCCCCGUUUUUCGUGUUCCACUUAUCGUCCGCCAAAAAAAUUGUGGAAGGGAUGGAGCACAAACGAAGCGAAAGCGAUUAUUUUGUACCUACUUCAAAGAUAACUGUUUUUAUAGACAAAAUAACGAAAAUGUCGAAAAAUCCCAACAUUGAAGCUGAUCUCAGCCAGGUUUUGGACGAUUUUCUCGAAAAACUUGGCGAAUGCGACAGAUAUUUGGAAAAUGGUAUAUUUAAUAUGAACUUUGCUGAGGCAGCGUUGUUGCUUCAGAGUUCAGCGGAUGUGUACAGUAAGAAGGUUGAUUUACUGUGGGAUAUAAUUUUCGACUACCAGAAGCGCUUGUUGUUGUCAGAAGAACAAAAUGGCGACAAGAAUCAGGAGAUUGAGAAAGUGGAGGAGCGGAAACGAAAAUAUAAACGCAAACGAAAGACAAACUCUGAGGAAAACCAAACUGCCAAGUUAGUCAAUAACUUCUCAUUUGGGGCUGUGGAAAACGUCGAUUAUUUGAAUCAGGACUAUGAAACUGUGGAUUUGUCAAAAGAGUGGGAUAAAUUUCGAAGAAAGGACCAUCUAGAGGAUAGUUUGCAAACACACACACCAAACAAAAAUUUUAUCUUUUCACCUAAUGAUGCUGUGUAUAGUGAGGAUGUUGAUUACAUUGGAAGGUAUGACCAGUUUCAUUCCAUGUCCCUCAUUGAUGAAAUCUUUCAUUUACAACAACAAAACCUCUUGACAGAUGAAUACAACUGCGUUACAAAAAUGAGAAUUGAUGCGUAUGUUGUAAAUGAUUUUUUACUGGAAAGGUCAAUUCCAAGUACAAAAUCAGCUGACACUUAUUCAGAAGAGCUCCAAGAGUACAUAAACAACUUCUUCCAGUCACACAGACACCCAGAAAAAGAAGCAUCUUCAUCAAAUGUAGAACAAAUUUGUAGAAAGAGUUCUGUGUGUCUUGAGAAACUACCAUUUAGAGUUAUAAGGGAUAAAAUGAGAAGAGCUAGUUUAGCAGAUUCAUUGUUUGAUGAUGAUCACAUGACUUCACUGUCAGAACAUUGUCCCAGUCCUUGCAAUUCUCUAGACCAUGAUGAUCCAAAGGACUGUGAAGUUGAUGAGUCUUUUGAACAAAUUAAUAAAAAUUUGGAAAACAGAAGCAAAUCUUGCAGCCAAGAUUCAGCGUUUUAUGAAGAUGUUGAAGAUCAUGGGAAUGAGGAAUGUGAGGCAGAAGGUGAUAUUGCAGUAUAUGUUAUUAUUGAAGAUCCAGCUACUGGGGAUGUUGCUACAAACAGUGAUCAUAAUCCAGAAACUUCUGAUAAUGUUCCUGCAGAAGAAGUGGUCACUGCUGCUGAUAACGUUCCUACAGAAGUCAGUACUCCUGAUUGUAUAGCAACUGAAGAAGUUCCUGUGAGGGAAGAAAUCUCGAACACAGACAUUUCUACAUCAACAGAAGAUGUAAUAGCAAACUCUACAGUAUCAACAGUUGCUGAAGAGGUAGUAAAAUCCGCAAAAGCUUCCAAAAGUCCCAUUGCUGAUAACAAAUCACGUUCUACUGUAAUUACAAGACAAAAACCAGUAAAGAGAUGGUCUUCGCUUUUACAAUUACAACAGGGUGAAGAUAAAGCCGAGCAUAAAAGGAGAAAAGUUCAAACGACAAAAAGAAUCUCAGAAAAAGCGUUGAAAAAAUUAUCUACUGGAAUAACAGCUAAAUAUCGUGACUUCGAAAUAUUUUGUCGUAUGCAGUACAAAGCAGCUGAAGGAGAAGGGGUAGUCCCAGCUCAACUCUCAGACUCUGAUGAAUCAGAAGAAGAAGACAACCACAUGUCAGACGAAGACGAGAACGACCCCACUCCAGUGAACACCGACGCCGAAAUGUCGGACGAGGAAUGUAAAAACGGCGAAGAAGAGGAAGAAGAAAACGAUCUCGAAACUUCUCCAGAUAAACCAGACGAAACUCCUACAAGUAUACGACCUAACCUUCCCGACCCCAAUGUAUCGCCUAUAUCAACUUCACACCAACCACCUCGUAGUUUAUCUGAAGACAGAGGUGUUCUUGGGAUGACGUCAACACCCCACCCCCCCAUUACCACCCCACGCAACGUAUCCACUUUAUCGGACAUGGACUUCGAACAACAAGAAGGCUACCGUAAAAACGUCCGUGAGUGGCGCUCUUUCAUAAUACCGAAACUCAAAACCCUAGAAAAUCGGGCAGAUUUUGACAUUCACGAAUACGGUGCUAGGAUUAUUGAACCGUCGGAAAUCGGGGAACAGCGGUAUUUUAAGGACAUCGUGAAGGGGAAAAACGCGGCGGAAGUUGCUAGAUAUUUUAUAGCUACUUUGCAGUUGGCGAAUACUUAUAAUGUGGAAAUUACGGGGGCAAUUCCUGGCGGAGUGGCUAACGAUAAUUUUCAAAUUAAAACGCUCGAUAAGACUAAACAUCAUGAACUUUUGGAAGAAUAUCAAGCUCCGUCCGAAGAAACGUUUAGAGAACGGUUACAGAGGGUUAGGGCUAUGAGUGCGAAAGAUCGGCAUUCCGUUGAUGAUAAGGGUCCUCCGGUUAAAAAAAUUAAGUUUUCGAGUGGUUCACGUAGGAGUUUUUUUUAAGUAACUACUGUUUUUAGUAGGUUUCAGUAUUAUUUUGCUUCCUUUUACGUGUUUUCUGUUUCAUUGUUGCAGUUCAAACGAAAGAGUGCUGUGCAAUAUAAUAUUAAUUAAUUUUGGAGAGUUAAGAAAUGGUUCUUAAUUUAUAGUUAGGCUGGCGUUGAUCGGUAACCUUCGUUUAGUAAUGGGUCUCAGACUGUCUUCCACAAUAUAUACAAUAACUACGGUUUUUAUUUUAUUUUUCUGAUUUAAAAAAACUUGUAUAUAACUACCUACGUACUAAAUUUAACUUAGGUAUUUUUUAUGAUGAUCACAACAGGAAACCGAUAAAAUUUGUUUGAUGUUUUCUGUUGUCAAAUAAACAUCGUUUUUAAAGUACAAAAUUCUAACGUUUCGCUUAAAAAAAAACCAAAGAAAAUUUGUUCAAAAUGAAAAGUGUCUCCAUAAACUUGUUUACUAGAUUUUUUUGUUUUUUUUUACUGAAUUUGUGAAUCGCUUUUGGUAACUUUGAUAAGAGUUCCGUUUAAAAAAGCAUUCAAGAAGUUGUGGUUUGAAUUCAGUAAAAGUUCCAAACUUUUCUGCGAAACUUGGAUCUGGGGUUAUUUUGUAAAACUAAAGAUCAUAUUUUACGACUAGACGGACGAAAAUACUAAACUUUUGGUAGAUAAUCCAGUAAUAAAAUUUUACAAAUGAUGGAGGUUUCAUGUAAAAAAAUGACUUUCAAACGUUGUUUUGACAUCAGAAAUUAUUUUUAUAUACGUAAGUUUUGUUAUACCGGGAGAAUAAAAUAUAAAAUAUGCUCAAAGACGGCAACACAUUUUUGUAGACCUUACGAAAAUUUAUUUCCGUCUUUUGAGCGUAUUUUUUAUUGUUCUCUCGGUAUUUCUUGUGUUUCGUAUUAUAUUAUCAAAGUAUCAUAAUUUGAUCGUAUUAUAUUGCAAUUUUUUGGUGUGGGUGGCUUGAAUUCGCUAAACGAAGUUCCAAAUUUUCGUACGAAACUUGUAUCUGGCGAUAUUUUUUAAAAUCUAAAGAAUGCGAUUUAUAAACAGAGCGAACCAAAAUUUUAAAAUUUUGGUUAGUUUGCAGUCACCGUAAGACUAAUAAAAUUAUUCAAAUUGUGAUAAAAAUGGAAACUGAGUCUCCAAGAGUAAAUGUAAAAAAUGACCCUUUGAAACCUUGUUUUGACAUCAGAAAUUGUUUCCAAAUGAUUUUACACACGUACAUAAUAUGAUCGGAUUAUGAUGCUGAUGAUGCUUCAUAAGCAUCAUAAUUUGAUCAUAUUAUAUUGCGAUUUUUUUGUUGGUAUGGCCUGAAUUCGGUAAAAGAAGUUCAAAAAUUUUCUACGAAACCUGGAUCUGGGGAUAUUUUUUAAAUCUAAGCGAGUGAACUAAAAUUUUAGUGAAUUGCAGUAAUAAAAUUUUACAAAUGACAAAAAGUACCAAUAAAUAAAAAUAACAAAAUUCUUUUUAACGGCGUUAUUUUGACUUCAGAAAUUAUGUUUCUAAUUUUUUACAGCAAUCAAAAGCACGAUUAGAGUCGGUAAUGAACUUUUGUAAACCUUAUAAAGAUUCAUAUCCGUCUUUGGUCGUAUUUUUUAUUGUUGUUUUAUUGUAUUGUAUCGACGUUAUCAUCAUAAACUGACUAACAUAAGCUCGUUUGGACUGCAUCAUCUUUUUUUAAUUUUAUAUUAUUAAAUUACUUUAAGCGGUUCAUUGUCAUAACAGGGUUGUUAAUGGUAAUUUUCCUUUUACGCGAGGGUGAGUGAUUUUGUAAUAUUUACAAUAAUUAAAAAGAAAAGACUAUGUAUCUCAUAUAGUAAAUGUAGUUAAGAUGAAAAACUGCCGUGCUCCGUUGUUUUAAGCAUUUUCAAUUACCUAAAAGGAAAAUGUAAAUGCUUUUCACAAAGUAUUAAGUUUUUCGUCUUAAUGUUUUAAAUUUACGCUACCUCAACAUGGCAAUUCUGCACCAUUCGUCAUUAAAUAAUUAAGCUUGUACAUUACAUCUUCAAAAAACUGUCAUGUUCAUUACGUUGUGUAAUUAGUUUUUAUCAUUUUUCUUUUUUUGUAAAAGUGACUGUGAUCUCAAAUGUUUUGUCUAAUAAUGUUGUAAAAUUUUCAAAAUAAAUAGUACAAUGUUAGUUGUAUAGUAAGGUUAAACUAAAUUUAUUAAGUUCAGAUUUUACUAUUGUUUUUGUUUGAGAGAAGUUGUAAAUUAAUAUAACAGUACUAAAUUAAAAAAAAAACUUGUAUUUUU